AAAAAAAAAAAAAAAAGCCCCAACAACCCAAAACCACAAACACAAAAACUUUUUCAUUUGAAUAAAGUGGGCUGGGCACAGUGGCUCACACCUAUAAUCCCAGCACUCUGGGAGUCUGAGGCAGGAGUAUUGCUUGAGCUCAGGAGUUCGAGGCGUUUGGUCAACAUGGCGAUACCGUGUCUCUACAAAAAAUACAAAAACUAGCAGGCGCAGUAGCGUGCAACUGUAGUCCUAGCUACUCUGGAGGCUGAGGCAGAAGGAUCGCUUGAGUAUGGGAGUUCUAGGAUGCAGUGAGCCGUGAUCCCACUGCUGCACUCCAGCCAGGGUGACAAAAAAAAAAAAAAAGAAAAAUUAUAUCUGAUUGUUUUAAUGUGAAUUUAUUUAUCUAGUUAGUGAGUCUGAUAUUUUGGGUAGUUGCUGGCCUACAUCUGUUUUAUUCUUUCUGCUCUGAUGGACUUAACCUUUAUUCCUAUUUGUUACGAAUUCUCUCCUAUUUUUUCUGUUCAGUCACAUGGAAAGUGUAUAGGCUGUUUUUGAAGUCACAGUGACCCCCAGUGGCGAAGGAUGGUCAUGUUUCAGCGGCUCGUUUGUUGCAGGAAGAGACGCAGACAAGUGUGAGAUCUGUGUAAUGUCCCAGAAUGACCAGACUGGAAGGCGCGACAGACCCGCUGGCGUAGUUAGCUGGGAGGGACACUAAGAUCAGAUAGAGCAGGAAAGAAAGUGGCGUGGGUGACUGAAGAGUCAUUUGUCAAGUUGAAACCAGAAUCCAGGAUGAUUCGCUUUCCUGAAUGCCGGGCUGGAAAUCCCAGCAACGAGCUUUGAAAACAUGUCACCCAGACACCAGGGGCAGAGGCUGUCCUGGGCAGGAGGUUGUGCCUGCCCCACGGAGCGAGAGAAGCGGGGAGACCAGACGUCGACCCUGAGAUCUUGGGAUCUUCCUUGGCAUGGCCUUGGGGAACGAGCCUUUGGAGAUGUGGCCCUUGACGCAGAGUGAGGAGUGCACUGUCACGGGUUUUCUGCGGGACAAGCUGCAGUACAGGAGCCGACUUCAGUACAUGAAACACUACUUCCCCAUCAACUACAAGAUCAGUGUGCCUUACGAGGGGGUGUUCAGAAUCGCCAACGUCACCAGGCUGCAGAGGGCCCUGGUGAGCGAGCGGGAGCUGCGGUAUCUGUGGGUCUUGGUGAGUCUCAGUGCCACUGAGUCGGUGCAGGACGUGCUGCUCGAGGGCCACCCAUCCUGGAAGUACCUGCAGGAGGUGCAGACGCUGCUGCUGAAUGUCCAGCAGGGCCUCAUGGAUGUGGAGGUCAGCCCCAAGGUGGAAUCUGUGUUGUCCGUCUUGAAUGCCCCAGGGCCGAACCUGAAGCUGGUGCGGCCCAAAGCCCUGCUGGACAACUGCUUCCGGGUCAUGGAGCUGCUGUACUGCUCCUGCUGUAAACAAAGCUCCGUCCUAAACUGGCAGGACUGUGAGGUGCCAAGUCCUCAGUCUUGCAGCCCAGAGCCCUCAUUGCAGUAUGCGGCCACCCAGCUGUACCCUCCGCCCCCGUGGUCCCCCAGCUCCCCGCCUCACUCCACAGGCUCGGCGAGGCCGGUCAGGGCACAGGGCGAGGGCCUCUUGCCCUGAGCACCCUGGAUGGUGACUGCGGAUAGGGGCAGCCAGACCAGCUCCCACAGGAGUUUAACUGGGCCAGAGACUUCAAGGGGUGGUGGUGGGAGCCCCCCUUGGGAGAGGACCCUUAGGAAGGGUGUUUUUCCUUUGAGGGGGAUUCUGUGCCACAGCAGGGCUCCGCUUCCUGCCUUCCAUAGCUGUCAUGGCCUCACCUGGAGCGGAGGGGACCUGGGGACCUGAAGGUGGAUGGGUGCACAGCUCCUGGCUCCUCCUGGUGCUGCCCUCACUGUACCCCCGCCUGAAGGGGGUGCUGAGCCUCCUGUGGCCUGCAGCAGUGAGGGCACACCUGUGGGUUGCAGGGGAGACGGGCAGCACGGCAUGGCCAUUCUACGACCCCCCAGCCUGGCAGACUGGGGAGCUGGGGGCAGAUGGUGUCAAGUGCCACAUCUUGCCAUAGUGGAUGCUCUUCCAGUUUCUUUUUUCUAUUAAACACCCCGCUUCCUUUGG